AUGUGUCCCAAAGAAGGAGUCAUGACUGUGAUUAUAAAUGAUAAUAAUGAGUUGAUCCCCACAAGAACUGUCACUGGUUGGAAGAUUCUUAUUGCACCUGAAGACCAAGAGAAGAACACCUUCACUUUUCUGUAUGGUACAUUUGCAUUCUCAAGGAUAUCGUUUGGCUUUUGUAAUGCACCAGUUACUUUUCAGCAAUGUAUGAUGGCAAUACUCACAGAUAUGGUGGAGGACUUCCUUGACGUUUGCAUGGAUGAUUUCUCUAUUGUGGGGGAUUUCAUUUGA